AUGAUUUUGCAGGCCCAUUCUCUUUUAUUGCUCCCCAUAGUAAGCACAUUUAACUCAGCAUUUAUAUUUGUUUUUUCUCUUUUUCAGGAAGGAAAGAAUAAUGACAAGUUUGACACACAUCCCCGGGACCCAAAUGCACUUGCAGCAUACCUCUUUGCCCAUAACCAUUUGUUCUACAUGCUGGAACUGAGCACUGGGCUUCUGUUGCUCCUGCUAUCUCUGUGUGAGGCGCCAGCUGUCCCUUUUCUCCGCCUUGACGUCUACGUCCAUGCCACUCUGGAAUUACUUACCCUGGCUUUUGUGGUGUUUGAACUUAGCAUGAAGAUGAGAUGGCUUGGGUGUCAUACCUUCUUGAGACACCGCAGGACCAUGCUAAAAAGUUGUGUUUUAUUGGUUCAGUUUGUGGAAGCUAUUGUGGUGCUCAUAAGACAGACCUCCCAUGUGCGUGUAACAAGAGCCCUGCGGCCUAUUUUCUUAGUGGACUGCAGAUAUUGUGGGGCAGUCAGAAGGAAUCUGCGCCAGAUUUUCCAGUCUCUGCCACCAUUCAUAGAUAUUCUGCUGCUCCUUUUAUUUUUCAUGGUCAUUUUUGCAAUCUUAGGAUUUUACCUGUUUUCUCCAAAUUCUUCUGAUCCAUAUUUCAGCACGCUGGAAAAUAGUCUGGUCAGCUUAUUCGUUCUUCUGACUACUGCCAAUUUUCCAGAUGUCAUGAUGCCAGCCUAUUCGCGCAACCGGUGGUCCUGCAUCUUUUUUAUUGUUUACUUAUCAAUUGAACUGUAUUUCAUCAUGAAUUUGCUAUUGGCAGUUGUGUUUGAUACAUUCAAUGACAUAGAGAAAAAGAAGUUCAAGUCUCUGCUUUUGCACAAGCGCACAGCCACUCAGCACAGUUACCAGCUGCUGGUCAACCCACAGGCCCCCCCAGGAAUCUCAUUCCGUCAUUUUGAUGGCAUGAUGAGGUACUACAAGCCUCGGAUGUCGACUCGCGAUCGAUACCUUUGCUUCAGAGCCUUGAAACAGAGCAGCGCAGACCAUCUCCGUGAAGUUGGCAAUAGUGUCCAUUCAUGCUUGAAACUUUUUCCUUGGCAGGUACAGCGUAUUCGUGAACAUUGGUUUGAUGAUCUUCCUCCUACAGCCCUUCUUAUAUUUAAAGGCAUUAAUAUCUUGGCAAAUUCAAGAGCAUUCCAGUAUUCUGUAUAUGUUGUAGUUGCUAUAAAUGGAUUCUGGAUUUUGAUUGAGACAUUUAUGGUGAAAGGGGGGAACUUCUUUACUCAAGGCGUUCCAUGGAGCUACAUUGUAUUCCUUACAAUUUAUGGGGCAGAGGUCCUCCUGAAAGUAACUGGAUUGGGCCCAUUAGAAUACUUUAAAUCUGGUUGGAACCUCUUUGAUUUUUCUGUGACCUUGCUGGCACUGCUGGGACUCCUAGCUCUGGCCCUUAAUAUGAAGCCUUUCUACUUUAUUGUAGUCCUGAGACCUCUGCAGCUACUCAGGCUAUUUAAAUUGAAGAAGAGAUACAGAACAGUGUUAGAUACCAUGUUCGAGUUGCUACCAAGGAUGGCCAGUCUAGGCCUAACACUGCUUAUUUUCUACUAUUCCUUUUCCAUUGUGGGCAUGGAGUUCUUCUCAGGGGUGCUGUUUCCCAACUGCUGCUGCAAUAGCACAGUGGCAGAUUCUUAUCGUUUCCUUAACCACACUGUGGGCAACCAUACCCAGAUGGAUGAAGGUUACUACUAUCUAAAUAACUUUGACAACAUCCUCAUCAGCUUUGUAACAUUAUUUGAACUGACGGUGGUGAAUAACUGGUAUAUAAUCAUGGAAGGAGUUACUUCUCAGACAUCACACUGGGCACGCCUUUACUUCAUGGUGUUUUAUAUUGUCACUAUGGUUGUAAUAACCAUCAUCGUUGCCUGUAUUUUGGAUGCCUUUGUAUUCCGAAUGAAUUACUGCAGAAAGAAUAAAGACGCAGAAGGUUAG